CAGGAAGACUCGCGUUGGAAAAUGGCGGAGAACGUGGAGCGUUUGACGGAGGAGUCAUCAGAAGCCAUGGAGGACGGUGAAGGUCGGGCCAGAUUUUUGAAGAACCCUGAAGACUUGCUGGCAAUGGUGAAAAAGCUGCAGAGAGAGGGGACCCUGGAGCCACAGAUCGAGGACCUGAUUCACCGGAUUAGUGAGCUUCAGCAAGCAAAGGAGAAAUCCAGCAAGGAACUGGGAGAGACCCAAGCUCUCUGGGAGGCCCUGAAUAGGGAAUUAGACUCCUUGAAUGUGGAGAAAGUACACCUCGAGGAGGUCUUGAACAAAAAGCAAGAGGCGCUGAUGAUCCUCCAGCAACACUGCCAAGCCCGAGAAAGUGAGGCUCCCAGGUUGGCUGCGGGAGAGCAGCUGAAGGAUCUAGUGGUCCGGCACAAGGACCUCUGGGAGUUCAGUGUGCUGGAGCAGCGACUGGCCCGCGAGAUCCGCGCCCUGGAGCGCAGCCGGGAGCAGCUGCGGGCGGAGGGUGAGCCGGCCUGCGGGGAGGGGGCCUCGCCCCGGCGCCCUCACGACCGCGCCCCUUCCGCAGCCGGCGACGCGGAGGGGGACCUGGAGCCGCAGGCGGAGCCCGCCCCGACGCCCCCGUGAGCAGCAGCACGGCCCCGCCCGGCUUUGCGGGGCUGCCCCCAAAUAAAGGCGCGGCUUCGGACUGUC